AUGCCCAUCAUCACCCAUCGCCUCCAUCCUCCAACGCCUCCGCUCCCCAUAAGCCUCAUAUGGAGCACCAGCACCACCGAAGAGCGCGAGCGCAUCAAGGAGUUUUGGCUCGGCCUCGGCGAGGAAGAGCGCAGAAAUCUCGUCAAAAUAGAGAAGGAGGCCGUCCUGAAGAAGAUGAAGGAGCAGCAGAAGCACAGCUGCAGUUGUGCGGUAUGUGGGCGAAAGCGGAAUGCGAUAGAGGAAGAGCUCGAGGUACUGUACGAUGCUUAUUACGAGGAGCUAGAACAGUACGCGAAUUACCAGCAGCGCUACAUCUCGUCCGGUGGUACCCUCCCUCCCCCACAAGGCCCAGGGCCCUUCCCGGGCAGCGUCGAGCUAGACAAGAACGGUGCCGUCAUCAAUCCUCACGCUCCUGCAAAUGCCAUCCAUCGAACAAAAGGCGCCGUUAUGACUAACGGGCGGAAACCCGCCAAACAGCCCGAGAGCGAGUUUGACGAGGACGAUGGCGAUGAGGAGUACGAGGAGGAGGACGACUAUGAGGAGGAAGAUGAGGAGGAAGAGGAAGAGGAGGAAGAGGAUGAUGGCGAGGUGGAGGAUGAGGAGGAUGUGAAGCCACAUCCAGAUCGGCGGACUCCUUCUGCCCGUAGACGAGCUCCGCCAAACGGUGCAAAGGCCAACGGGCGGGACGGUAUCGGCAACUUUGGGAAUAACCUCACCGUCACAGGCAAGUGGUUACUCCCUCUCGGUCUCGUGUCACGCUGUGAUCUUAUCUUUUCAGGAGCAGGUAAUAUUCUAACUGUUGCUGAUGAUCUUCUCAAGAACGACGGUCAAAAGUUCUUGGAGAUGAUGGAGCAGCUCGCGGAACGGCGGAUGCAACGGGAGGAAGAGGCCGCAGCCGAUGUCGAAGAUGACAGCGAGGACGAAGACGAAGACGACGGUGACGAGGAUGAGGAUGAUGAGGAUGAUGACGAGGACGAAGAGGACGAAGAGGAGGUCAUGACGGAGGAGCAGAAGAUGGAAGAGGGCAAGCGGAUGUUUUCGAUCUUCGCCGCGCGGAUGUUCGAGCAGAGAGUGCUUCAGGCCUACCGUGAAAAGGUCGCUCAGGCGCGCCAGCUGCAGCUUCUGCGCGAGCUUGAGGAUGAAGACAAAGUAAACAAGGAAAAAGAGGUCAAAAAGCAGACCCAAAACCAGAAGAAGAAGGACAAGAAGCGGCAGCAGAAGCUUGCGAAGGAGGAGGAGCGUGCCGCCAAGGCUGCUGAGAAGGCUGCCGAGGAGGCGGCCAUCAAGGCCAAGCAGGUGGCUUUGGAAGACGAGCAACGCAAGAAGCGUGAAGAGGAGCGUGCUCGCAGGGAAGUGGCGCGCAAGGCGCAGGAAGAGGAAAGACAUCGCAAGGAGGAGGAAAGACGAAAGCGUCUGGCUGAGGAGAAGGAGCGUGAGGCCGAGCGUGAACGCAAACGCAAGGAGCGAGACGAGAAAGCCCGAGCAGAACGCAGAGAAAAGGAGGAGAGGGAUCGAAAGGCUCGCGAAGAGCGGGAGGCGAAACUUGCUGCGGAGCGUGCAGCUGCAGCCGCAGCUAAACGUGAGCAGCAGGAGAGGGAAAGGGAAGAGCGCGAGAAGCGGCUUGCGAAGGAACGACUAGAGAGGGAAAAGGCUGAGAAGGAGAGGGCUGAGAAGGAGAAAGCAGAUAGGGAGGCGCGAGAGCGGGCGGUGCAGCAGCAGCAGCGCGCAUCUUCUUCGAGGAACCCACGUCCUCCUACUUCUCCUAGAAAUGCUAACAGCGCAGGCCCCUCGCAGCGGUCUCCAAAUCACGCGGGUCCUGCGAAGAAGAUCCUCAACAAGUCUACUCCUGCGGCCACUCCGGUCAUUCAACCUCCACGCCCGCAACAGCCCCGUCCUACCGUCGUUACCAAUGCUCAGCCCCCUCCAAUUGCCUCUCAGAUUCCUAACCACCUCCCACCGUCGACGCCUCUGUUUUCACCUGUGGGUGGAAUCAUUCCUCCGGUGCUCUCGCCCAGGAUAGCGCAUACUCCUGGUCCGUUCAUAGGCAUGGCUCCUGGGCUGUCAAUGCAGCCCACGCCGCCACCCUUGGCGCCUUCUGCGUUACCUCGAGCUUAUGGUAAUGGUUCUCCAUUUGAUCCUGCUUACGGACGUCCUCUAGCGCCUCCUGCGCCCAUCGCGCCUCCGACGCCUAUCACUCCUCAAGCUCCUAUCGCACCACCUUCAAGAGCAGCACAGAACACUCUGUCGUCGCCAACGCAGAUGCUAAAUUCUAGUCCGGGCGGCCGUGCGUCCGGACCUGAUCCUGGUCCCAUCACCCGGCCGAUUGCUCCAAUAGCACGACCGACCACAGAGGCUUCAGGAUCGGGCUCAACGUCGCCUACUCGUCAGCCUUCGCCCAGUCCGAAAGAGAAGUUGGGCUCAGCGGCGCUGAUUGCUGACGACGACGAGAUUGUCCCGGCUCCUGGUCGUCGCAUCGCGCCAGGGGUUCCCGUCGGCCAGGCAUGGGGCAGCCCUCGCAGCUCCUUGCCUGACAUGCGGACGCCAUGGGGACCUCCCGGCCCUUCUGGACCUCCAAGUUUCGCUUCGCCUCGUCCACCUGCAUUAGCACCUUCGCUUUGGAGCACUCCAACUCCUGAUUGGCAGCAUUCUCCCAGUUUCUACGGUGGCCCGUUCGUAACUCAUAACCCUUCUCCGCCCCCUCAUACUGGCAGCUGA